AUGAGUGAGCUCCGCCAGCCUGAGGCCGACCUUCAGGCCCCAGUCCCGGCCCAGGGUCCGGUGGAGGCGCCGCUGCUGGGGGCUGCAGGGGAGGAGGCCGCAUCCCCCUCAUCUUCCGUCUCCCCUGGCGCCCCCUCUGCCUCUGCGGAGUGUUUGCCCCAGGAGGCACUUGUUGUGCUGAUGGCUGACCUGGUGGCGUUCCUGCUGGUCAAGUAUCGCACCGGGCAGCCGACCUCCGAGGCGGAGAUGCUGAGUACGGUCUUCCAGGAGCAUGGGGACCACUUCCCCGUGGUCUUCAGCCUCGUUUGCGAGUGCAUGCUGCUGGUGUUUGGCUUGGAUGUGAAGGAGGUGGGGCCCCGCGAGCGCACCUACGUCCUGGUCCCCACCUUGGGCCUCACCUGGGAUGCAAUGCUGAGCAACGGGCAGCACAGGCCCGAGGCCGGCCUCCUGGUGCUGGUCCUGACCAUGAUCACCCUGUUCGGUGACCGCAUCCCUGCGGAGGAGGUGUGGGGAGUGCUUGGCAACCUGGGGAUGUCUGCCGGGAGGGAGCUGCUCACCAAAGUGUGGGUGCAAACGGGCUACCUGCAGUACCGGCAGGUGCCCCACAGCGACCCUGCCCGCUACGAGUUCCUGUGGGGUCCCCGGGCCUACGCGGAGACCAGCAAGUGGCAGGUCCUGCAGCAUCUGCUCAGUGUUUGUAGCAUGGAUCCCAGGUCCUUCCCAUCGCUGUCUGCAGAGGGUGUGAGCGACGAGGAGGAGGGAGCAGCAGCCAGGCCCGCGCCCAGCAGCUUCUCCCGUGGGGCGGGAAGGGAGGCUGGUCCUUCACUCUGA